AUGACGAAAGGUGAGAAGUACAAAGUAGAAGCUGGAGGUGGCGGUGACUGGGCGACGGAGUACUAUGCCGAGCAGCGGCGACAGCGCGAUCAACAGAACUGGAUGGUUCUCUUCAAACCGUCGGUCUUUGGAGCUGUAUUGGCUGUGCUCGGACGCAUUGUGGUGUGGCCGCUGGCUCUGUUGAUCGUGUUCACUUCGACCAGUUAUCUGUCGCAUGCCAACGUUCUCAAGCUCGUGGAUGAAAGCAUCUACGCGUUCACUGAGCAGGACCCAGUGAUGGCCGGCGGGUGUAGCGGAUGCUUGGGAUUGAAUAAAGUAUGUCUUAUCAAGUACAGCAUCUUCGCACAAGACGCGAUCAUCGGAGCCACCGUCUUCAAGAGCUUUGCUGGACGUAAGCCAGACUUGUCUUUAUAUGACUUCAGCACGCUGAGCCAGGAGGCCCUUGACCUUGGAGAGAAGCUGGAUGCCAAGGGAGUUUACUGCCAGAGUGGAGUCAAUGAGUGGGGAUCUAUGACGGCUGGUAUCGCUGGUAGUGCUCAAGAUAUACUGGAUGUUGUUAAUACGUUGGACCUCAACAUCGCGCCGCAAUUCAGGCGUGAACUUGAGAUCGCUGUUGCCGGAAAAGCUCCUUGUGAAUCGGGCUGGAAUAUCUACACUAUCACGAGAUUGUUCUUGUAUCCGACGGUCAAAGGCAGUGCCAACUUCGCCAGUAUCCCUGGCAUUGACUUCAACGUAUUCCCGGACUAUACGGAAUGCCGUCCAGACGUCGCUGUGGAUGACAGCCUCGUCGGUUCUAAACUCGCUUUAGCAACCAAUGGGGAAGACCCGCUAGCUGUUUUCCCUGAUCUUCUCACGUUGUUCCCGUACAACUUUGACAGUAGUAUUCCUCGUGUCGAACGAUCUUUCCCCGCUGGUACUACAAAGUACGGCUUCGAUACAGUCCUUCAGCCUCUAUUCAAGGGUUACUAUGGCGGCUGUCGUGUUCGUGUAGUGAACACAACAGGCGUUUACAUUGAAAAUACGUGUGAGGUAUCCAAGCGUUGGUCUUCGUAUGGUCUUAUGAUCCACUCACCCGAUGAUAUCCCUAUGUGUAGUACUGGAGACGUGUGCAUCCACAACUACUACAACUCAAUCUGGGAAUGGGUUAACUACAUCGACGCGGAUAAUCCUACACGCAUCGGAAUGAACCUCAACACCUUCCGUAGCCGAUACGGAGAUACUGUGGCCUUGAGUGUACUCCCCGGUAUCGUUGUAAUGCAGAUGCUCAUCAUGGGGAUGAUCAGUCUGUACCAAGUGAUGUCCCACAAGCGGUCGGUACUUUUGACUCAGAUUUGGGCUUAUCGCUGCCAGAAUGGACGCAUGCAAGUCGUGUAUCUCGCACAGAUCACGUACCACCUCGUGUACAACUCGGAUCUGUACAUGCUCGGACUAGCAACAGGUAUGUUGACCAUCGAGUCCGUCAUGAACCUCACGUGCUGUAUCUUCGCGUUCUCGUACGCCUUCGUGAACCUUGCGAAGGCUCGUUCUGGUGAUCAGCAGCUCGACCGCCAUUUCCGCCUAACGUGGGAGACUAUGCAGAUUGUGAUCACGUCUGUCGUAGCUGCGGUUUUGUUGUCUGUGCGGCAAACUCCGCUCGAGUUCAUUAACGCCAAUUACGGCGAAAUUCUUCGAAAGACUUCAGCGCGUGGAGCCAAGUACUGUGGACUCAACGACUCGUGUGUCGUCUACAAGACCAAUUUGAUAGUCUUCAUUACUAUCUUCUCGGUAGGUCUGGGCGUUGUGGCCGCGGUGUCUUCACUCAUCGUCAAGCGGUUAAGUCCCAAGGUGAAGAGUGCUGUACGCUCGGCCAGAAUGUCGCUGUCUGCUCAAGGCAGCUUCAAACAAUCCACCAACGCUAUGUCGAAUCCGAGCGCUGCUGUCGCUCAUGCUAAGGACACUGUGAUUAAGAAAAAAUCGGUCAAUGAGGACGGUCUCACGUCCUUCGAGCGCAACUGCAUCGGCGGCCCCUUCCGCAAGCUCUUCCGGGACUGCGACGACAUGGCGUACGUCAUGUACAAGGGCAAGCGAUGCACGACCGUCGAGGCGCUGCUGCUGACGGGAUAUCUAUACUACGGCGAGCACAUUUACCAGGCGUCAUCGGUGAUGUUACUGCUGCUAGCACGUGCCCUACCCAGGAAGAUGUUGCGUACGUUUAACAUGCUGCUGCUGCGCUGGCACGUGGACAAGGAUACGGGUGUCCUCACUCAAGUGCUGUCCUGUCCGUGGUAUGCUGCGAGUAAGGAGAACCAUGCGCUUACGGGUGCCAUGCCUGUUGCUUAAACACAUAAUUCAGCGAGCUACACGUUCGCAUUUGAUUGCAACAUGAUUGGUCAGUUAUGUU